AUGUUUCAACCGUUCGAUGAAUGGAUGCAGGGAACGUGCACUUGGUGCUCAAAUUUUACUCUGGAUCCUGUGGAAGUUCCAGCACCUUUUCACCUCUAUCCAACAAGGGUGGUUCCAAAAUUGGCAAAAGCGCCUCCCGGUUACAAACCUGAACGGUUGGUGUGGUCACCUGCUAACAAUGAUGGAGAAUGCUUUGAUAAUUUUCUUGCCAAUGAGGAUCCACAACCUGUUGAUGGUGAGGUCCAGGAUCCACAAGAGAUGCCAGGCGACUCUGACCAGGAUGAAGACUUACAUGAUGGCAACAACAAUGCCUCAUUGUCCGCAUCCUAUAGUACCAAACCAUCAUGGGGUCUCCUCAUGGGCGGAAUCAGGACUGAAUCAGAGAAUGAAGAUGUCAACUAUGGUAGUCAAGACUUGGUGCAUGGUGAUCCAUUUGCCACUACAGUUGCGCCAUUGAAACAACACGGUGACCCAUUUCAGCCAUCUUGGGAGCCUGGUGGCACUGGCGUGGAGGUGGACUGGAAUUCACCCUUUACAAACAAGCGUCAACAGGUGGAUCAGUUGGACGUAUUGAUAUAUUGA